GAAUCCUGAACUGAUCCGGAGCCAUGGCCAUGCUCAGAGUGUCUUCUUACCGCAAGCUGUUUGAGGACAACCGGUGGAGUCCAAACGGAGGGUCGAGGUUGCAGCGUGCAGGACUUUAUCGGGCCUCUGGCAGGCGUGCAGCUGUUGACAGGUCUGUCUGUGAUAAAUUAGACUUCGGAGCAACCAGUGCUCUGAACAAAGAGGGUCUGGACCGGUUUGUCCAGGACCGGACCACCAUCGCUGCCCUUAACGACCGCCUGGUCAAACUUAUUGAGUUGGCUCAUUGUUUGGAGGAAGAGAAUAACUCUCUUGAAUGCCAGAUCACUGACCUGGAGGAAAAUCUGAACGGUCAACACGCCUCCCCCAGCAUCACCCCCACUGUAGCAAUGGCAGAGUGCAGUUUGGAAGCCGUGGUGGAAAGACUACACAAACAGAGGGAUGAGAUUGUUUGUGACACAGAGGAACUGAAGGAAGAGCUUGAAUGUCUACAUAAAGAGUACGAGAAGGCUGUACAUCAGAGGGUCCUCGUACAGCAGGGGCAACAAAAUGUUGCAGAGGUGGUAGAUGCUGUGACAGCAGAGUGUUUGGCGCUGAGGGAGCAAGUGGCUGUCUACGAGGAACAGCUGGCCAACAUGGAGACCCAGCACAAGAUGGAAGUGGAGAGCCUGCUGCAGCCAGAUGAAAGGGCUCUGGCUACAGCUGCGAUUAGGUUUGGCAGCCCUGACAUCACUCCAGCCUUGGAUGUAAAGGAGUACCACUGCCAGCUGGCAGAGAGCCUCCAGAUGGAGUUUGGGACACCCGCCUGUGGUGAAGGUGAUGGAAAGAAAAUGGAAAUGGGACAAACUGAUGGGUCAGUGGUCAAAGACCCAACGGAGAUAACCGAUGUGGACGAGGUGAAGGCUCUGAUUUCAGAGCUGCAGAAGGAGCUUAAUGAGCUUGAGAAGAAUAAUGAGGAGUUGCUGGAUGAAGUUGAGGUGAAGAGGGAUGCUUACAUGGAUGAGGUUGCAGAGUUAGAGUUUACUAUAACAGAAAUGAAGCAGCAGAAGGCUGACCUCAAAUCCCAGAUGAAAGAGCAGUGCCAGGAGUACAAGGAGCUGCUUACUGAGAAGAUGGCAAGAGGCAUGGAGAUCGCGGCCUACAGGAGUCUGGUGGAGGAAGAGGAGGUGAGACUGUGCAGCCUGUGACUUGGACUGAUCAGAUGGAUUUCUGCUGGAUUCUCCCCUGACACAUGGAUUAGAAAACAGACCAAAAAACAUGAGAAACUGACCCAAAAUGAGCACCAGUGUACCAGUUCUAGCCGGUGUUUGCUUAUCAUGACGGAUUCAUGCUGUCUGGAGGACUGAGCCAUGCCGCUGAUAGCAGGUCGAAUGCAGAUGACCUGGAGCCUCCCAGGAAAGAUGGAACUGUCUGAAACUUGUUGGAGGCUCAGGGCUUCAGUGUCUGGCACUGAUAUUUCCUUAAGUGGGGUUUAUCUCCUCCAGCUCGCUGAUUCAUAAAUGUUUGUUCCCUUUUUGUAAAACAAGAUUCACUUAAACGCAGACACUCACCAAGUUAGGUAUCACAGAGCCACUCCUGCUCUGAUCCCACCUCGUCCGUCAAUCAAACUCCGUCUGAUUACCACCUCUUAACCUUUGACCCUCUCGCUGUAAUCAAACACACUGACAGGCUCCUCCUCAGUCACUGAAAGCGUCCCACCUUGCUUUUGUUUUUACAGUCAUGUGUUCAUACUGGUUUUUAAAAGUCAACUGCUCAACGCACCGUGUUUGCUUUGCAAAUGGCUCGUGAAGUUGUUUUUGUGCAACCUUCUCUAAAUGAGCACCUGCAUCUUUCCACAAGAAAACUCUGAGUGAUUCAUUAUUUCCUCUUUGAAAAGCACUGUCCCAAUUUGAUGUCAUUUCAUGAAUAAGUGUUUGGUAAUGCAUUCCUCACUAAUUUUUUCCUUACUGUCAACAUUGCAUCAAAGCUGCCUGCUAUCAAUCAUCCGCCUCUGGCCAAGCAUUAAAAUGUACUUGGGAUUCAGAUUAAAUAAAACUAGUUGCUUGAAAAAUCA